UCUAUCCCUUAAAUUAACAGCCCAUCCUGGUUUUCUGCGUGCAUUUCAGCAAAACCCAUGAAGACCGAUAGCUCCUUCGCUAAAAAACUUGCUCGCCGCUGAAUUAUUUGGCUUUGUCCACAACCUGUUCGAUAAUAUGCCAAACUGAAAGGCGAGAGACCACUUGUAAUUGUCCUGCACCAAUGUGGCCUACUAGGUAGCUCAUGUGGGUUGACAGUCCCCUUGGAAAGGGCACAGAAAAAAGAAAAGAUGGUUGGGUCUUUUAUUUUCGGGGCAAAGAAAAGGGAUCCAUUUUUUGGAUUGGGCUUUAGGGAUAAAAGUUUUUUGGCAAAUGGCAAUUGUGUUGUGCUAAUGCUAUAUGCCAUGUUCAUCAUGCAUUGGACCGAACCAAAGGCUUAUGAUUGCCAUCUGAUCAUUUUUCACUGAACAUCAACACUUGAACUAUGUGGCCUUACUGUCAUCAAGCCUUUUCUUUUCUUUACUUUUCCUACUCAUUCUCUUUCUUUAGUUUGUACUGUCAACUCCUUCCAAGCUGGUCCUCUUCACUUCCCAAAGCUGUUUUAUGGUAAAACUUGCUGCUUGUUCUUGGGGUCCAGGUGAAAGAAUCUCUUAUGUAAUAAUUUGGGAGAAAGAUGAAAUCUUUGAGUAGUAUAGGACUUGGGUUGAGCAUAGUUUUUGGGUGCCUGUUACUAGCUCUAGUGGGUGAGCUUUACUACCUGCUAUGGUGGAAGAGAAGGUUCACAAACAGAAGAAUGACCACUGGGAGGGAUGGUUUAAGCAGCCCAGCCAAGGAAUUGUUCUACAUGUUCUGUCUCAAAAAGCCAUCAUCAUCAAACAAGGAGCUGUGCUCAUCAGUGAGAAUCACUGAUGCUCUAGUGGUGAACAAUGAGGCUCAUCAAGGGAAGGAGUUUGUGUUCAAGCCAUUUGGCGGGGAUCAUGAGAGCAGUAGUGAUGAAAUGGUUGAAGGUGAGCUCAUGAUGCUGAGCAAUAAUAGUCUCUCAGGCCCACCAAGGCUUCUGUUCACAAUUGUUGAGGAGACUAGAGAAGAUUUGGAAUCUGAGGAAGCCAAGUCAAGAGCUGGCGGUGGUAAAGGGUCAAGAGGGAGAAGCUUGAGUGAUUUGAUGUUGACUGUGGAGACACCAUAUCUCACCCCUCUUGCUUCUCCACCAUUCUUCACCCCUCCUCUCACUCCAAUGCUGGAUCCCGUUUCCAAUGGUAGUAACAGCAACAGUAGUAGUAACAACCAGAUUGGUGGGUCAUACAGCCAUGGCCAGUUGGAGACGUCAGCUGAGGCUGAGUUCAACAAGAUAAGGUCUUCCCCACCUCCAAAGUUCAAGUUCUUGCAGGAUGCAGAGGAAAAACUGUACAGGAGGAGAAGACUAGAAGAAGUUGAUGAUAAGGGGAAGUUAAAGAUAAUGAAAAGGGUUACUAGGAAUCAGAAGAUGGCCGGAAGUUCAAAGUCUGACCAAAGUGAAGAAGUAGAUGGACCUUUUAUCACCAUCAUAGUUGACAAAUACAGAGAAAGAGAGGUCAGCAGUAGUUCAAUCUCACAGGUACUUCCUCUGCCUUCUUCACCAUCAUCCAGCAAAGGCAAAGCUCCCUUUGUGUCAUAAUUAGAUUAGAGUGUUCCUUUUGUUAGUUCCUUGUUAAUCUUUAUCUUUUUUGUUUUUGUUUAUUAACAUGGGUGAAAUUAGAUGGGAUUUGUUUUCUUCCUUACUCUUCCUCUUCCCAUUAAUGUAUCAGUUUUAGCUCAUCAUCCUGGGAUUUAAGCCUCUUAAACCUCUACUAAACAUUUCUGGGAUGCUUAAGAGUGGACUGUUUUUGGUAAGGCAGACAAGAACAAGUGGGAGGGACCAGUUAACAUUGGUAUUGUUUUACAUAGUAAAAAAUAUAUUGGCACUGUCCUCCAUUUGUCACUUUGAGCUGUCUCUGAUUCACAAUGUGUAAUCAUUCUGGUGAGUGUGUGUGAAUGAGUAGUGCAAUACAACUCUCUCACUGCUGCUUCAGGUCCAAAAGGAGUAAAAAAAGGAAGAAAGUAACAUUGAAAAA